UAUUAAAAAGAAAAACUGAAAUAUCACAUUGGCAUAAGUGUUCAGACCCUCUGCAACACUUGAAAUUUAGCUCAGGUGCCUCCCAUUUCUUUUGAUCAUUACUGACAUGUUUCUACACCUUGAUUGAAGUUGACUGGUGGUAAAUUAAAUUGAUUGGACAUGAGAGGUACACACCUCUCUAUAGAAGGCCUCAAUGCAUAUUGUAUGCAGCUGACAAUGCAUACUGUAACAGAGCAAAAGUGAUGAGGUCAAAAAAACUGGCUGCAGAGCUCAGAGACAGGAUUAUUACAAGGCCCUGGGGAAGGCUACAAUAAAAUUUCUGCUGCACUGAAGGUUCUAAGAGCACAGUGGCCUCCAUAAUUCUCAAAUGGAAGAAAUUUGGCACAACUAAGACUCUUCCAAGAACCGGUUGCCUGGUCAAACUGAGCAAUUGGGGGAGAAGGGCCUUAGUAAGAGAGGUGACCAAGAACCCAAUGGUCACUCUGACUGAGCUCCAGAGAUCCUAUGUGUGAGAUGGGACAGAGAUCCAGAAGGACAACCAUCACUCUAACCCUUCACCGAUCUGGGCUUUAUGGCAGAGUGACUAGAUGGAAUCCUCUGCUCAGUGCAAAACAUAUGAAAUCCUGCUUGGAGUUUGCAAAAAAGCACCUGAAGGAUUCUCAGACUGUGAGCAACAAGAUUCUCUGAUCUGAUGAAACCAAGAUUGAACUGUUUGGCCUCAAUUCUAAAUGUUAUGUCUGGAGGAAACCAGGCAUUGCUCAUCACUUGCCCAAUAUCAUCCCACAAGUGAAUCAUGGUGGACGUGGCAUCAUUCUGUGGGGGUGUUUUUCAGCAGCAUGACUGGGAGACUGUCAGGGUUGAGGGAAAGCUGAAUGGAGAAAAGUAAAGGGAUAUCCUCAAUGAAAACCUGUUCCACAGUGCUCAGAACUUCAGACUGGGCUGAAGACUACUUUCCAACAUGACAAUGAUCCUAAGCACACAACCAACACAGGAAUGGCUGAGGGAUGACUCUAUGAAUGUCCUAGAGUGGCCCAGCCAGAGCCCUGACUUGAACCCUAUUGAACAUCUCUGGAGGGACCUGAAAAUGGCUGUCCACCGAUGGUCAUCAUCCAAUCUGACUGAGCUUGAGAAGAUUUGCAAGGAAGAAUGGCAGAAAAUCCCCCAAUCCAGCAGAAGAUGGAAGAUGGAAACAAAGGGCUUCACAGGUGCCCCCUUUUGGACUCAACAAGCUAGAUUUGAUGUAUCAGCCAUUUAUCCUAAUUACAAGAAACCCAAUACUUACCUCCAGGCCCCAUACUGUAAGAGCGUCUGUUCAGAAUUGUGUCGAAAAUUAGGACCGGGCUCCUACGUGACCGACAAUGGAAGCUUCAGCUCUACUGCCUUGCAGAAGAGGGCAUCAAGCUCUAGCUGGGCAAAGGCUCAGGAAGCAGCUAGACUCACUCAAAUGCCACAUUUUAAAUUUAAAGAAAUAUGCCAGCAGGAGAAAGCUCGGAAAAGAAAACUGGGACCAGGGACUUAUAAUCAUACAGAUUUUCUGCAGCUCAUGGAAAGACGUCCACACAGUAUUAGAGGAAUUUGUGAUACUGGAGCAAUAAGAUUUAAAGACCGCAUGAGGGAAUGUUAUCCUGGCCCUGGUACCUAUGGGAAUCCAUAUGUCAAACUAGAAGAAAGGGAAAAAACCCCAGUGACUGACAUAGGAAUAAUGGACAGUAAAACACCUAAACAAUUCACUUUCGUCCAUACGGGAAGCGGUUUGGGACCUGGUACUUACAAUAUCAAAAAUGGUGUGGAUGAGAUGUUGAAACGAGUGAUCAGUAUUCGAGGUCCCUAUGAAACCUUCACUGGUGACAGAUCAAAGCCUAUGGUUUCUGGACAUUUUGCUGGUGAUAGAAGAACCUCUGAGUUGUCUGGUUGCAAUAUCAAAUCCUUCCUGGAUGAACUGGAGACAAAGGACAAAAAGAAACAUGGCGUUUUUAGUACGUUUUCACGGGAUCCCGAUUGCCCAACUGAACGGAUCUUCUGGACCAAAAUUGGCAUGUUUCAGCGUGAACAAUAUCAAACAGGACCAGGCUCCUAUGACAUAAAGCCCAUUAAGAGAACAGAAUAUAAAAAUCAACCACCGUUCUGGAUUGGUGCAAAAAGAUUUGACCGAAGAGCAUACCGCCUCUGUUUUGGAAAUACAAAUCCUGUCGGGGUUGGCCGCUAUGAUACCACAAAGCAUGAGAAAUAUCCAAAGAAGUUGAGAUACCGUUCCCUUUAUAUGAAUGAAGCACAACGUUAUCUUAGUAACUUGGAAAAGGACAAGUGUUUACAGGAGAGGAUCACUCCUGUUAAUAAAGGUCGCUGGAGCAACCCAAAAUCAGCCUAAGAAAUUGUUGCAUCUGGAAAAAAAAUCUUAAGUUAUCAUGUAUGAACUGCAUGCCUACAUAGCUUUAGUUUGGCCAGGCUAACUAAAGAUGCACCGAGGAAUCUCUUAUUCUCAUCCAAUACACUCUUGGAAAUUUGGGCACUCACUUUCACCUUUUUUUAAAAAAAAAAAAAGAAUCAAGGCAUUUGUUAGAAUUUUAUAAUUAUAGGUUUCUCUUCUAAAAUCAGUUUGCUGCCAUAAUUAUGUCAAUACUGUAUUAAAAUUGCUAGAAACUUAAAUGCUUGCUAUUCAUUUAGCAACUACUUGUAAAAUGUUGUCCUUUAUUGAAUUAAAAGGGGGGGCUAUUAUUUCCCUGAUCCUAAUAACCACAGUCCACAGUUAUCAGUUUUUUUUUAAAUUGGAUUCUGGUAGAAGAGAGUUUGUAAUGCAGUAAGGAAACAACUGCAGUCCAAUGUUUUGAUUUUUAACAAUGGGGUCUCAUUAGAAUCUGUAGCUUUCACAAAUUAAAAUGGAUUUAUGGAGGAAAAGAAGAUCAACUAAAGGGCUGCAUCCAGUGGAGUUUUUCACUCCCAUAUUACUGCUUUUCCAUUUAAAAAUAAUGCACAUAUUAAUGUUGUAUGCAGUAUGUCUACCCCAGUGGGUAAAUCAUGGCAAGGUGUACCGUAUUUUGACUUUAUCAGUUCAUAUCCAUUGAACAGUGAUCAUGAAGAGCACUUAAACCAUAUUUACAUAAAAAGAAGCUAAUUUCCUCCACCUCCAAUUUUACAUUUAAAAUGGGUAAGGCAGGCAAUCUUAGUUCCUUUGACACACAAGGACUGGUCCAGUCCGAGAUCAGAUUUGCUCCUACAUCUACGAACGCUAAGUGUAAGGAAGUGAGCUUGACUCCUAGCUGAAGAGCAGCAGUUUUGCCAUGGGUGGGAGAUAGGCAGGGCAAAUCCGGUGGUGUAUCAGUAAUUCAGUGAUGUGUAUACUGAUAAAAGCCCUCUAUGGAUGUUCACAACUGGAGUUUGAGCAGAAGAGUAAGUGACGAGUGCCACCUCGACUAAAGUUCUCUCCCAGAGCCUCAAGGAAUAAUUGGCCAAAACAACAACAACCCAGUUACCUUUAUGGAAUUUAGCUCUCGUUUUUGCCUGGAAUGAUCCUCAUUUCAGAAAAAAGACAAAGGAGGAUAAACAUGAAUUGAAGAUUCAAGGACUUCAUCUGAUCUCUGCAAUGACUGGUGUGAACCUAUGCCAAUGCUAUAAACUCAAAUACACACAUCAGAAACAAAUCAAAACCUCUCCUGACAGAGGAUGUCUUGGCUGAAGAUGGACGGCAAGAAUAGGAUUAUAUUUUGGCUGAUCCAGGAGCAGAAACAUGCUUGUGUUCUAAUAGUGAUAGCUGCAAGCUGUUCUCCCACUCAUAACCUCUAGAGUCCAGGGGUAGGCAAUCUUGCCUCUUUUAUGACUUGUGGCCUUCAACUCCCAGAAUUCCUGAGCCAGCCAUGCUGGCUCAGGAAUUCUGGGAAUUGAAGGCCACGAGUCAUAGAGCAAAGAUUGCCUACCCCAGCAUCUCUAGACUAUGGGUAUCAAACUGCCAGCCUGUGGGCUGGUUGCAUCAUGUGGAGGCCGUGCCCACCCCAGCUCUGAAAAUGCAAAAAAAGUUGCAAUACGUUGCAACACGUCACAUGACGUGGCAAGUUUGACACCCGUGCUCUAGACCAGGGGUGUCAAAAUGCCGGCCCGCAGUCCGGUUGCAUCAUGUGGAGGCCGCAGCCACCCUAGUUCCAGCAAUGCGAAAAGUCACGAUAUGUCACAACAUGUCAUUUGACACGAUGGGUUUGACGCCUGUGCUCUAGACAGUUUCAGGUUGUUUUUACUGCUGCUGUACCUUUGCUUUAUUCUAUUGCACACACACCCUCCUCAAAUAGUUAUGGUGAAAAUAGCCAAAUAGUCAUGGUGAAAGUGGACUGGGUUUUUCAUGAUCACAGGGGCGAUAACUAUAGAGUGGUUUAUAUUAGGAGAGUUUAUAUUAGCAUAGACAAUUAUACUAGAAACAUUUAAUCUCCAAUAAACAUUUGUACUUCUUUGAAUGUACCCCUCCUUUGUUCUCAUGCUUCUCUCUGGAGCUUGCUAGCUGCAGAAUUCUGGGAGCUGACGUCCACAUGUCUUAAAGUUGCUAAGAUUGAACAACACAGCUCUGGAACUUAAUACUGAAUGAUAUCAGUGAUACUUUGUUAUUUAACACAGAGACUUAAAGGAUUAAAUAAUACAGAUAGUCCUUUACAACAGCUCGUUUAAUAAGCAUAGUUAUAACAGCACUGAAUAAGGUGACUUAUGACUGUUGCAGCAUCCCCAUGGUCAUGUGAUCUAAAUUCAAACGCUUGACAACUGAUUCAUAUUUAUCAGAGUCACCUUUUCUGACCUUCUCAGAA